GAGACGUCCUGGCUGCCUGCGUCACUUGCGCGCCGAUACGCUCCCUUCCUAUGCACUUCUUUUCCCGAAAGCCUAAAGAUAGAUGUUUCGAUUUCAGUCCCUGGAUGAAGACUGUACGUUGGAGGAGGAAGAUGAUGGGCUGAUAGAAGAGGAAGAUGAAAUCGAUCAGUUUAACGAUGACACCUUCGGAGCAGGGGCCAUUGAUGAUGACUGGCAGGAGGAACACAAACGCCUCGCUGGCCUCGAUGACGGCUCCGGGCUAGGAGCAGGGCUCGGGGGAGGAGGGGGAAUGGGAGGAGAAUCAGAUUUGGGAGGGGCCUUUGAUUCAUCCUCCUCCCAUCACCAUUCCUCUGCGGGCCAACUCCCCCUUCCACCUUCCCUUAAAUUCUCCUUAUCUUCCUCUGGACUGCCUCCACCAGAUGUGGAGGAUCGAGCAGGGGAAGGUGGCUUGGCUGAGUCCCUAGCCAGACUCAUCCUGGAGGCUGAUCCAGCCAUUGCUGGGGUGGGAGCAGCUGAGAGACCUGCUCCACUCCCCAGCUCUUCAGGAUCCAGCCUAUCCAUUUUGCAAGGCCUGGAGAAUCCAAUGGUCCUGCCCCAGCCCACCUCCAUUCCACAUCUCAAUCAACUACACCAGCAUCCCCAUCAUCCCCAGCACCAGCUGCCUCCUGGGCCCUCCUCAGGCCUUUCUCCCGGCCCCCCCUCCUCCUCCAUGCUCAGCUACCAACAGCAGCAGCACUUGCUGCGUAGAGGAACUGGUCCUAUGGCCCAGAUGAACUCUCACAGUAUCUGGGAGAACAGUAUGGGUUUUGGGCCCCUCAGUAUGACCCCUGGACUGAUUACACACAUGGAAGAUAGUCCACUAAUGUCUAUAAUCAAAGAGGUAGGCCUUCCUAAACGUCCUCCUCAGGGUAGGAGCGAUGAGGGACGGGAUUUGUCAGAGAGGGUCCCACCUCCACGCUCUUCGUCCCCUGUGAUUGGCUCCCCUCCUGUGAGGGCAGUGCCUAUUGGUACCCCGCCAAAACAGCCAAUGAGCCAUGCCCUGAAUCAUCAGAUCCACCAUCCCACGGCAGUUCAUGUGAGAGCCCCGAUCCAGCACAGAUACCCUCCUCCUUUCCCCGAGCGCCUGUCACCCAACACCCUCCUCAAUCUAGCUAACUCCCCACUGUGCCGCGGCCCGUUCCCCCCCGGAGUGGGUUCUGUUCUGUCUCAGAUUCAGCGGGCCCAGCUGCUCAACUCUCAGGUGGCUGGUUUUCCUCGUGGCGGUCCAGCGCCUCCCUUGUUACCAGGCGGGGGUUUCAGGCCUUUCUACGGGGGGCCACCUCCUCCACUCGGUCACAGAAUGGGCCCUCCGCCCCCACAUUGCCCCCCCAACCACACACCAACAAUCCGGCACAACACCACCCACCUCCACCCACAGCACCGCCGCAUGCUCACGCAGCGAAUGCAGAACCGGGGAGUGGACCGUGGCAGGCCAGGAGGGGACCGGCGCAGCAGGGACCCCUACAGUAACCUUAUGAGUCAGAAAGAGAAAGAAUGGGUUACCAAGAUUCAGAUGAUGCAGCUGCAAAGUACUGACCCCUACCUUGAUGACUACUACUAUCAGAACUACUAUGAGAAGAUGGAGAAGCGUCAGGAAAGAGAGCGAGACAGCAGCAAGAAGGAACACACCACCAAACUGAUCACUCCACAGGUCGCCAAGGUGGAGCACACCUACAGACCAGUUCAGUUUGCAGGCUCUCUGGGUAAGCUGACGGUCUCCAGCGUCAACAACCCUCGCAAGAUGAUCGAUGCUGUGGUGACGAGUCGCACCGAUGACGAGGAGAAGAGAGAGAAGCAGGUUUGGAAUAAGAGGCGACAGAUCCUCUACACUGUGGAGAAGAUGUACAGCUUGCUGCUGGAAGUUCAAGACUUUGAGAAGCGUUUUGUCCAGGCGCCGGAGGAGGACAGGGAGGCUCUGCUGGAGCAGCACAAGAGCCGAACCCUGCAGCUGUGCAAUGCUCUGCGGGAGAAGGAGUGGGACGACAGAGUGAGUGAUGAGCAGUGUGUAAUGAUCAUGUCAGUAAGGAAGGGCAAGCGCCUCAUCUCCAGGCUCCUCCCAUUCCUGCCUUCACCCCAGGCUGCCGCCGUUGUCAUGGCGAUUUCCCGCAACCUUCCUGCCUUGGCCAAAAAGGAUAAGCAGGACCAGGUGCUGUGCUGGUUGGUGGAGCCAGUCGCUGCAGUGAUCCAGUCUCUGUCCAGCCCCGCCCUCACUGACCUGCUCCAGGAGCUGCAGGGCAACGAGGGCCAGCUGGCCUCAGUACUGCACAACAAGUUUGGUGUGACGCUGCUAUAUCUGAUCCUGAGUGAAGGAGAGAGGAUGCAAAGCUCUGACUCCAACUGUCAGCUCAUGGACGACAAUCGAUGGACUGAGUUGGUGUUCUCAGUGACGAGGGAGUUGCUCAGCGUCGCCCCCUCAUUGCUGUCCCCUCCCCUCUUCACCCCUCCCAACCUGCUCUCCCUCUUCUCGCGCUACGUGGACCGACAGAGGCUGGAGCUGUUACAGGAUAAGCUACAGAUCUCUUCUUUGUCCAGGUAGAAGAUACAACAGACAUCAACACAGCCAACCCCCGCCCCCCUGAUGCAGACGUGUGUGUGUGUGUGUGUGUGUGUGUGUGUGUGUGUGUGUCCAUGGUGGAUUGUAUUUUAAUGCAGCAGAGUCUUUAGUCAAUUUUAUUUUCUUUGUGUUUAGUCUCUGGUGUGUUAGUGUGUGUAAUUGUGAGUGACUGACAGUGACACAGCGCAUGACAGAGAAUGGCGACGAUAACGAAAUCUGCAUUUUUAAAUAUCUUGUUUACGAUUAUGCCUGUGAUGAACCUUCAAAUUAAAAAGUAUUUCUAUUUC